CGCAUUCCAAACAAAGCUGACUGCAGGAGUUCAUCAGAGGCAGUCGCGUCUUUGAAGGCACCUCUCGAGUCAUUCCCAGGGGAUAACAGGACCAAAGCCAAGGGGCAGGGAUGCCUUACAUGCUCAUCAGCACGCAGAUCCGACUGGAGUGUGGUCCAACGAAUGUAGGAGACGAAUUUUCUGAUCCAUCUGUCAUGAGUUACCUGGGGGCGAGAAAAACAACCAUGCUGGGAAACAAUUUUUCUGAAUACCAUGUGGACGACCCACCUCGCCUGGUGCUGGACAAGCUGGAGAAGAUCGGCUUCCGCGUGCUGUCGAUGACGGGAGUGGGACAGACACUGGUGUGGUGUCUCCACAAACAGAUGGAGUGAUUUAUCGCCUUAUAGCCUUUUUUGCUUUAUGUUAUGAUGCCUUUACCACCACAGAUGAGAAAAAGCAACUUUAGAGCUGAGGAAAUCUUUUUUAUAAGGCUUCAGAUUGACCGGGUUCCCUGGUUGAUGGUGUGAUGGAACCACAUUCCAGAGAUUUUAUUGAACCAUUUGUUAGUAAUGUUGUUUACUGCAGGUGUGUUGAAACUAUUUGUCCAUAUGAGGUCAGAGAACCUUUUUGCACAUUCAAUUAGCAUUUUGUUCAUGAAUAAAUAAUGUGGAGAUCUGAAAUGUUUUUAACAAUAAAUAAUAAAUGCAUGCAUUUUAACAAUAACCAAUCCAUUGUUAUCUAACAAUAAAAACAUUCGUUGCUUCA